UUCAUCUUAUUUUCUCCCAAAGGACGCCAUGGUUUAAUGGAUGGGGCUUUAACCUACCCAGAGGUCAGUCUUUGCUAGACAAGUGGAACCUUAUUCCUGAGGGAAUUGAUAUACUAAUGACACAUGGACCUCCCCUUGGUUUUCGAGACUGGGUUCCAAAGGAGCUGCAGAGAGUGGGUUGUGUGGAACUGUUGAACACAGUGCAGAGGCGAGUAAGGCCCAAACUCCAUGUAUUUGGUGGGAUUCAUGAAGGUUAUGGCAUUAUGACAGACGGUUACACAACGUACAUCAACGCUUCAACAUGUACAGUCAGCUUUCAACCAACCAACCCUCCAAUUAUAUUUGACCUUCCAACCCCUCAAGGUUCAUGA